UUUUUUUUGACAAUAAACCUGGCUCACAGCUCCUUAUCUUUUAAACUAUGGUCCGCCAUAUUUUCCGCCAUUUUUGGGGAAAUAUUUAGCAGGGGUUUUGCGGUCACUCUAAAGACAAUGUUCGGUCUCCAUGUGUCCUGCAAAAGCUUCUUUUACUCUUCAUCCUCUCUCUCUCUCUCUACAAAAUCCUCUAAAAUUUUAACCCAACGUGUUACUUUUCCCAGGAUCGUAGCAUUUUCAAGCAACGAUAUCAAGGUUGGUUCAAACAUUGAAGUGGACGGAGCUCCAUGGAGGGUUUUGGAGUUUUUACAUGUGAAGCCUGGAAAAGGUGCAGCUUUCGUGAGGACGAAAAUGCGAAACUAUGUGAAUGGCAAUGUUGUUGAGAAAACAUUUCGUGCUGGAAGUACUCUGGCUGAGGCAGACAUUAUGAAGGAAACCAAGCAAUAUACAUACAAGGAUGGUUCUCAGUUUGUCUUCAUGGACUUGUCUAGUUAUGAAGAAGCUCGUCUCAAUGAGUCAGAUGUCGGCGACAAGAAAAAAUGGCUCAAAGAGGGCAUGGAUUGCAAUGUACUCCUUUGGAACGGAAAGGUUAUAGAUUUUGAACUUCCAAUCACUGUUAAGGUCACAGUUGUAGAGGCAGAUCCUGGACUAAAAGGAGACACAGCGUCAGGUGGUUCGAAGCCUGCCAAGGUGGAUACAGGAGCCACAGUGAAUGUCCCUCUCUUUGUAAACACAGGUGAUGAAAUUUUGGUGGAUACUAGAACUGGAGAAUACAUGAGCAGGGCUUAAAACAGAGCAGUCGUUGAUAAUUGAAGAUUAUUUGGAAGGUAUAUGAGAAAUAUAUAGCUGUUUCAAGAAAAUGGCUCUAUUUUUUGCCAAAUUUUGCUUGGGCUUCUAGUCUACAUGAGCAGGGCUUAAACCAGAGUUGUCUUUGUUAAUUGAAGUUUCUUUGGAAUGUAUAUGUAGCUGUUUCAAGAAUAUGGCUCUAUUUUUUUGCCAAAUUUUGCUAUAGUUGGUUCAAGAACA